GGGGUUAUUCCAUUUCGGUUAACCUGGGUUUGACGCACGGUACGGAAGCAAGCCAGCUAGCUUGCCAUGCACGCGGCGUGUUUGUUUCCUUGCUUUGAAGGCGAGAAGACGCGUACGUACGGUCUCAAAUAACCGGCUCGACCACGAAGCUUGAAAAGAGGAAAAGCUUGCAAGACGUGCCUGGUGAAUUUAGAAUUCUUUCAGGUAUUUUUUGGACCAACCGCUACUGUUUUUGGUUGACCAAGAGCUGAUCAGAAAAUAUCAUACCGGUGCAAAGCAGUCGUCCACCUGCUGUUGUCUUCAGUUUUCCCGUUGUACAUAGGCGUGGCAACAUGAGGCAGCUAUUGCUUCUCCUUGUUGCUGUGAUUGGAUGCAGUGCACAGGAAUAUACCGGACUGGAAGGGACUGGACCUCACAUGGUGAAGCAACCCCUGGACACUGUCUUUAAUGAAGACAGCAACAUCGAGUCUGUGUACCUAGACUGUGAAGCUGAUGGCAACGAGAGACCCACAUACACCUGGCAGCGAAAUGGCGAAGUGAUAGACACUGGGGCUGAGAUCAGAUUCCAGCUGUCUGGAGGAAGACUGACCAUUGAACAACCAGACAGGGUAAUGGACGCUGGCACUUACCAGUGCUUCCCGUCCAACCAGAUCGGGACCAUCAUGAGCAGGAAGGCCAAGUUGGAGUUUGCCUAUCUGAACUAUUUUCCGGAGGUGGGCCCAGCGGACAUUACUAUACCCCUCAACUCAGGACAGUGUAUAUCAUGCGAGGUACCAGAACACUAUCCAGGUGUGGAAGUAAUCUGGUACAAUGAUCCCUUUCCGGUUGUGUCAUCAUUGCGGACACAUACGACCAUCGACGGACGACUGUGCUUCGCUUAUUUCAAGGAAUCGGACGUGGGGACUUACAAAUGUUUUGCACGCAACAGCAUUGACACUGGUGGCGGGUCAUCAGCCAACAAGUUUAGUGACACGUUUGCAGUAACAGCUGGACCAGCAACUGGGGCAGCUGAGUUUGGACCCACUGUAGCCAUUGCAGUUGAAGAUCAAGAGGUCCUGGUGAACACAGAGGAAGUUACGCUGAGUUGCUUCUUCUUUGGCAACCCUGCACCAAGUAUUCAGUGGCGUAGGAAAACCCCAGCGGGGGCCGGACUGCCGACUCUGUACGAGCUGAAAUCCUCCAACCAGAUUCUGGUUCUUAAAAACAUUCAGGUGGACGAUGCUGGAGAAUAUGAGUGCUACACUGAGGAGGGUGAUGGCCGAUCAUCAGGCAAUGUGGUUGUCAGAGUGCCGCCCACCUGGGUUCAAGAAAUUGCAGAUAUGGAGGGCAAUAUCUAUGGAGAUGCGACCUGGGAGUGUGAAGCAGAGAGCCCUGACGGUGUCAACUACAAGUGGUACCGCAAUGCUGAGGAGAUCGUCAACCUGCCGCGACACCAACUCAGCAAUGGCCUGAAGACAUUGACCAUCACAAACUUGACAGUAGAGGAUACAGGGAUGUACCAGUGUGCGGCCAGUAACGAUUAUGGUAUCAUCUACACUACAGGACAGCUGACUGUGCUAGCCAUGAAGCCUUGGUUCGAAACUGAGCUUGAGCAGGAUCAGCCGGCGCCCCGCGAAGGCUCAGUUACUAUCAUUUGCCAGCCAAAGGCUGCCCCGACACCGACCAUCCAGUGGACCAAAGGAAGUCAGAUUCUCAGCAGCAAUGGGCAUUAUAUUAUCCUGGAUAAUGGAAACCUAAUGAUCGUGGACGUGGUCGAUUCAGACGCUGGAGAAUACACCUGCACCGCCACCAACAGCAUAGGAAGUAGCUCUAGCACAGGGUCCAUCGUCGUAAAAGAUGGGACUAAGAUCACUCAAGGGCCCACCGACUUGGUAAUCAACGAAGGAGAAAUGGGCACACUGACGUGCCAAGCAUCUUACGAUCCUUACUUUGAACUACGUUAUAUCUGGUUGAAGGAUGGUAUCCAAGUCAACACCCAGUCGGCCAGCUAUGAGCAACCUGACAUCGGUACUGGCGAGGUAAGCCAGCUUCACAUCAAAGAUGCCUCCAUGGACCUGGGUGGCGAAUACUCCUGUCAAGCCAUUACCAUCAUUGACGAAGCAUCAGCCUCGGCCAUGGUCACCAUCAGAGGCCGGCCUGGACCCCCCGCAGGCAUCAGCGUGGUGGUUAGUGGACUGGCUGCCAAUGUUAGCUGGAGCCAUGGUGCUGACAACAACAGUCCAAUCGAAUCUUACAUCAUCGAGGGAAGCACCAAUCAUGUCCCAGAGUUCACUGUCCUCCGAAGUGGUAUCCCCGCUGCUAGUAGGCAUAUUCGUCUGACUGGCCUGUCAGCUUGGAGCAGGUAUAGGUUCAGGGUUAUAGCGGUCAAUGCAGUAGGUCAAGGUCAGCCCAGCGAGGAGUCUGAUGAGCAGGAGACGGCGCAAGACCGUCCAGUGGAGCCCCCUGCAAAUGUGGAUGGAGGAGGAGGUAGUGAUGGUGACCUUAGAAUCACAUGGGAGCCUCUGCCGAUGCAGAAAUGGAAUGCGCCAGGUCUGACUUACAUAGUCUACUGGCGGCAAAAGGAUUCAGGCUUAGAGUUCCAGGAGCAGGAAGUCAACGAUUCGUCAGUCGGGGAGUUUGUGACCUCAGGGGUACCAGCGUACACUCCAUUUGAUGUCCAGGUUCAAGCCAAGAAUGUCAGAGGAGAAGGCCCCAAGAGCCCAUUGGCUGAGGUUUACUCCUUCCAGAGAAGUCCGGACGAGGCACCAACCAAUGUUGCAGCUGACCCUGUGUCAGCAACCUCCAUCCAAGUCUCUUGGACUGGCAUAAACGAAGAGCAGAUUGUUGGAGUACUGGAGGGAUAUAUGAUUAAGUAUUGGACUGAGGACUCUACCCAGGAGCUUGCUGAAAAUAUCAGGAGCCCAGGGUCUGGAACAGAGGCUACAAUCGAAGGACUGGAGCCUAAUACCGUCUACAACAUCCUUGUCUCGGCCUAUAGCGGGGCUGGCAGUGGGCCUCCCAACUCUGAACCUGUUCAGGUCACUACCCUCAAAUCUGUGACAACUGUCCAGAUGCCGACGCAAACUCCAAGUCCAAUCCUGAUUGCACCCCAACAGGCUCCCACUGGUGUCAAGGUCACACCCAAAGGAAGUAACAGUGUGACGGUCAAGUGGAAUUCCAUCACGACCUCAGCCAAUGAGGAGCCUCUUUCAGGUUACAAGGUCCUGUACUGGCCUCAGGGAGACUUUGAAGAUGACGCCGCCAUUGAGAAAGUCAACAAAAACACCAAUCAGAUCACCAUUGAUGGUCUGAAACUGGGCACUACGUACUAUAUCAAGGUCAAAGGUUAUAGUAAAGGGGGCGACGGAGUGGCCAGUUCACCUCCACAGUCAAUUGACAUAGGUGCAGCAGGCGAACAGUCACCAAGAGGUGGAAAAGCAACACACAUCACGGCGUCUACUCUUCUUGUGUUCCUUCCCCUCCUUGUUGCCUUUCACCUACACUGAAGUGGUACCGCCCAGUGUCUUUUGGACCACUCUGAUCAUGUGUACAUGUUUUUUAUAUUAGCCAGUCUGUGCUGCACGAGAUCAUCCUGUGUUUUAAUCGAUAUCAUAUUGAUAACGUACCAAGACUGACUGUUUGGAUUUGUGGAUUAAAUUUUGAAGCGAGCUUUCCAAAUGCAACAAGGAGUAAAAUAUUGCUAGCUGUUGGAUUCCGUUGCUUAUUGGCCAAAAAUUAAAAAAAAAUUACAGUGUUCAUCAACUGUCUGAUGUUUGGAAGCUUGCUUUCAAGUUGUUCUGCACUUCAUUUAAAUAUUUGCACUUUCAGAGAAGUGUUGCAUUUAAUUUUGAAUGUUACAAGUACCACCGUUGUUAACGACAUCAUCCUUUUUUGUAAAUUAAAUCUUAUUCUAAAGUAUUUCCCUUUCAUGUUUAACAAGAGAGACAUUUUUACUUUUUUAUGAGUUUGUGAAUAUUGCUAUGUAAACUUUGCUUUGUUGUAUUUAAGAUAAGCCUGUAUCGUUACAAGUCACAUGCCAACUCUGUCUCUACCUAAUACAGCUAGAUGUCAUGUUAUGCAAUUUUAUCCAAGUUUUUAAAAAGGAGGUAAGAUGUUCCAGAUGCAUGUUCCAGAAGACAUUGCAGACCAGAAUUAGUAGUGCCCUGUAUUAUAAUCAUGAAAUAGAGUCGUAGUUAGAUUAGUACUCCAUCUUGAAGAACGUGUAACAGAACAUACCGUGUUACUUUGCAUGAAAAUACUCACCAGCCUUGGCUGAGGAAGUUGCCGUAAAUCGUAGGAAUUCCAGAUCAACAAAGCCCUAAGUGAAAUCUGUACAUGUGCUCGCCACUAUGUCAAGUACCUGUGGUAAAGGGUUUUGUCAAGCGCUGCAUGAAGGUUAGGCAGAGACAGAGGCUUGAUUAAUUGUAGUAAUGGUUGUCGCUGCUACUGGACUGAUUAGUGUUGAGUGAGGCUUUUUAUUUGAACUAAUAUAUAAUGUCAGAGUUGUAAGUGCUGUUUCGAGUUAUGCAAUUUUAUCUUUAAUCUCCGUGUUUCUAGGCCUUAAUGACGGUACAGUGAUAAACAAUUUUGGUUUAAUGUCUGAACUCUCAAAUCUAUUAAUAGAUGUGUCGUGUUCCAUCUUUUCUGCACAGUAAUGGAAGUUGCUAUUCAAGUGCUUACUGCUCUCCUGAAGCAAAAACAAAACAAAAACAAAUCAAAAAACUGGCUUGAAAUUGCUUGUUGCUGUGCAGAGAGAGGCUUUGAAAAUUGUGUACUGAACAUUCGCAUACAUUGUAAAAUUAGUAGCAAAUUGUCUGAAAAUUAAACAUUGUAUGGUAGUUGUCAUUCCAGUCAUGAAGAAUGAUCCUGUCAAAAGUGGAUGAUUGAUUGAGAACUUAUUGGACGGGCUGUGCGACCAUGAGGUCUGCCGUGACAUCGGCCAGUUACUGGCCAGGGCUGCCGAACAGGGUCAUCACAAUAUGGAUCAGGAUAGAUAAGACAAGUUGCCUUAGUCAGCUUAGACCUAGAAUGUUUGAUCACCUGAGACUUUGAGCACCUGAGAUAUUGUGAUUCACCUGAUUCCUUGGAAUCUUCUUAUGAAUGGACUUGUAAAAUAUUAGCUCGUUGUAAAAAAAGGUGAGUUCAUGCCCUAGAAAUUGUACGUUGUGUAGUGUUGUCAUUAGACAUAGUUUAAGUAGUAUGUGAUGUGAAUAACAGUGAAGGGAUAAACACAAAUGCAAUCUAGAAAAUCACAGGGAAAAGGGGUGGGGAUGCAGAUAUGGAAUGAUUGAAAAGCAAUACCUUUGUAUUCAGCACAGAAGCCAUGAUGGCUAGCCUGUCACAGUAAACCAGACUGCCCUGGCACAAUGAAUGUUUCACUGUAGGUUAAAACGACCGGAGCAUCUAAAUGGCAUAUGUGAGAAUAGCGUUGUUGGUACAUUCUGUACAUUGUGGAAGGUGGUAGAAAACAGCUCUGCAUGACUUCAAAUUUCCUGGUUGUGCAAAGAAAUAGCAGACAAACCAACAAUUUACAUUUAGGUGCACAAUUUGGUACAGACAAUUCUAACUUGACUUACACAGUAGUGUGAAAUGUAGAUUCAGAAUUCUAUUGAUGUAGUUACACUCUGCCAAAAUUAUUUUAGAAGGUCUCGGUAAAAAACGUUCACUUUAGUAGGAACUAGAAAACAGUUGAUCCGUCAGCGCAGCAAUGACCAAAAUAAGAGCAAUAUGAAUUGCACACUUUCUCUAUCCAAAGAACACUCCCCCAUCCCAUUGACUUUUCAUACAGGGAAAUUUAUAAGGGUUUCAAAUUAUAAACUGUACACAUGAGUGUUGUGAAAGUGGCAGUGUACGCACUAGGUGUUGUGUUAGUUUAGAAAAUUCUUGACAUAUUGGCAGUUGUAAUGGAUCAAAAUACCAAAUGUACAUGUAGACUUGUAAAUGUGCAUGUAGGCAGGUUGUAUAAUUAGCCAUGGAUUGUGUGGUGAAUGUAUAGAAAUGUGGUCAGUCAGCUGUCUUAGAUUAACAUCAUCUUCAUUUUAAGUUCUGUUUAAAUGUUCAUAAGGUUUUCAGGGAACAGUUUCCGUGUUAGCUAACACCAAGAAAUAAAUGAUUGGGUUCUCAAAUGACAAUUCAUGCAAAUGUGAUACACAGAGAAUGUUGUAUGUGAUAAGGAUCAAAAGCAGUAAAGUUGCUACUGAUUGUGCAUUGACAGUUCAACAGAUUUGGGGAAAAAAAGGAGUUUUCAUAGGAACCUUGAAACUAAAAGUACUUACUUCAGAAUCCCAAAGACAAUAAGUACUUUUUGUUAAUUUUAAGUACCCACUAUUAGUACUCUAGUUUAUUAAUUGACUCUUCUGGUAUAUGUACGGUAAUGGUAAUAUUAUUUUAUACUGUACAGUUUGGUUUACCCUGAUAGCAUUUCUGAUGUUUGUGUAUUUAUUUAGUCUAAUUUCUGUAUCAUAUCAUUAGUUCUGUACCUCAGCAUUCUUGUUUGUUAUUACUAAAAACGGGUUUUCACUGUAGAACAGUUUAACCUUCUUACAAAGUUAUGGCACUUAAAUGCAUGGAAACUGUGGCAAUAUUGGAGGAAGUUGCCAUCAAAAAUUAAUGGUUGAAAAGUCUUGUGUCUGACGGGGCAUGUCAGCAGAUCUAUUUUACUUUUCAUGGUCAGAAUUUAUGUUAAUAAUUGUGUCUGUUUAACAAUCAUUUGUCACUACUUUCACUGUUUCUAUUUUCUUUUAGUGUUGAAUUAAAAGUACUACUGUACAUGUGUAUUGA